GUUGUACUACGUUCGAGUGGUUUCGACCAUGAUGGCGUCCCAUACGAACUUGAGAAUUACUGAUAAUAGGUCCUGCUAUAAUUGUGGGCAGCAGGGUCAUAUCUCUCGUUAUUGUCCUUUACCGGAUCGACGAAUCAAUGGAGCACAGUCUAGCACUAGCACUGCGAUUGUUCCUGCCCAACCGUUAGUUACGGCACCUGGUCACAAUGUAGGGAUAGGUACGGUCGCACCGUUUUUUUCUAAUCAGUUUUCGGGUGAUAAGGGUUGGUUACGUAACCGUGUUGCCACUCUCGAGGAGAUUGUGGGGAACAUUGAGGUCAAACAUGAUGCAGAUGAGGCAAAAGAGUUAGCUGCCAAAGAAGAAGCUGAGCGACAAAGGAAGGAGAAAGAAGACGAGGAGAGGCGACUGCGAGACAAACAAGAAAGGGAGGAGUUACACUUGAAAAUGAGUCAGGACUUAAAUAAGCAGUGGGAGAUGGUGUGUGCUAAGAUUGAUAAGAAGGAUCAGGAAGCCAAUGAACUGGUCAAAUUGCGAGAGGACAUUGCAAAGUUGACGAGGCAGCCGGUGGGAGGAGCACCGUCAACAUCGGUGGCUAAGCCUGUCUCGGAUAUUGACGAAGUUGCGAGACUUAAACGUGAACAAGAAGAAAUGAGGACUGCUGCGGACAGGAGAUUUGUCUUGUUAGAAGAGAAGAUUUUGGCGCUUGAGAAGGGGAAGGAAGAGGCUGAAGCCAACGCCGAAUUGUGGAAAGCCGAGGCACUUCGGCCAGGCAACAAAUGAGGGAGUAUUGUCAUCGAGCCUCCUGUAUCUCACGCGAGGGUUCGACCAAGGGGAACCCCGGCAGGCGUUGUAACAGAAGGUCGAGUGAACCAGCAGUUGAAGGGGAUUGUUGACCGGCACCAGAUGGAAGUCAACCUGCUGAAGGAGUUAAGGCUGAAGGAUGCCAAUGAACGAAUUGAGGCUGA